CAAAUAUUUUCAAUUAAAAAUUAAUCAAUAAAGUACUUUAUACACUGGCUUAUGAAUAAUUAAUUUCAACUGCACUCUGCAGCUUUAAAUUUGUAUUCUAAAAACAUGAGAAAAAUAUUUAAAACAUUAAAUGGAGUCAAAACGACUCUGCUUGUUUGGGGUGAUCCAUUUAAUACUAAAUCCCCCGUUAUUUUAUGUAUAACUGGAAAUCCAGGCCUUGUUGAUUUGUACAUUGAUUUCGCAACUGAAUUACAUAAAAUUACCUCUAUGCCACUGUGCUUAAUCGGUCAAGCUGGACAUGAAAUUUCUGAUGAAACUUCAAACAUUCUAGAAAACAAUGAACACUUAUACAGUCUUGAAGGUCAAAUUAUGCACAAAUAUGACCUUAUAUCCAAAUAUUUCGAAAAGAAUACUAAGUUACACAUAGUUGGACAUUCCAUUGGAGCUUGGUUGAUAGUAGAACUGUUAGCCAGACACGAAAUGCUAAUUGAGAAGACUUCAUCAGUAAAUUUACUUUUUCCCACAUUACAAAGAAUGGGAGAUACAAUAAAUGGAAAGUUUAUGAAUAAUGUUGUGAGAAGAUGGCAUUCAUUAAUAAUGUUUUUAUUCAAACUUAUCAAUGUUUUACCUGAUAUUAUAAUUAGUUUCUUCAUUAAAGUGUAUAUAUUCAUGCAUAAUUUACCUAACAAUAUGUAUCAGAAAAUUCACAUUGCUAUAAAUCCAAAAAUAAUGGAAAAGGUCUUAUUUUUAGCAUACAAUGAAAUGGACUCGGUGUUGACUUUAAAUAAUUCAGGUAUUGAUAAAAUAAAACAUAUAACUAAUGUAAUUUACAGUGAUCGAGACGAUUGGGCUCCUCUGCAUUAUAUAGACAAUUUAAAAGUAUAUGAACCACAUAUCAAGUUACAGAUGGUUAAAGUGAACCAUGCAUUUGUUUUAAAUUCAUCUCACUUUAUUGCCACCCAAUUGGCAGAACUGAUUUUAGAAAAAACAUGAAAAAUGAAUGAUACCAUUUAAGUCAAUAUGAAUUUACUUGUAGUUCUUUAUUUAUAAUGUCAGCUCAAGGGUAAGACCUGUAUAUAACAAGUUUGGCAAUACCACUACAGUCUACAAGACUAUUAUUUAUUAUUAUCGGCUAACUAUUUUGUCAAAUCUAUAUUAUUAAAUGCCCUAGGGAUAAAAAUACUGUUUCAGUAGAGUUUCGAUUAUCCGAACUAAUUGGGGGACAUGUGUCUGAAAAAGAAGUUGAAAAAGUGUUUGAAAAACAGUUCUAUAUGUAAACUUCCUGUAUUUAUCUAAUGAUAACCAUAUUUACAUUUACAUAUAUCAUUAAUGACAAUUAUGAAUUAAACAAAAAAAGUGCAAUAAUUUUGUAGUAAAACAUUUGUACUAGGUACAAUAAUUAACACUUAAAAAAAAUCUUCAAUCUUCAUCUGCCGAAGCAAGCCUACCAGUUUACGAGUGGUUAGGCCACAUACUUUUUUAAGCACAGAUAUUUGAUACUGGUCACUCUCAGCCUGUGUUCCAGACCAACCCAAGGCAAUAUCUAAACAAGUACAUAAAUGCUUCAGAAGCACUCAUGUUUACAUCGUAAUCAUUUGAACUUGUAGUUGAUAAGGUGCUUGCAGUGGCGUCAGCCUUAUUAAGGUAUUCGGGAUCGUCAAUAGUUUAAGCAUUUUAAAUAGAGUUUACUUUGUAUUAUAUAACUCAUAUUAUGAGUAAAAUUAACAAGUCGUGACAAGUGUGCGGGAGGCAGGAGAGAAACGCGCGGGUCGGGAGGGUGUAGUAGUUUGGAUAAGUGGUUGUUUGGUUGAUCGGAUAAUCAACACUCCACUGUAUUAGAUUUAAGAUGUUUUUAUUUAUUUGUGAUAUAACUCUACAAUUGUAUUAUUAUUUAAUAACUUUAAUUUAUUCUGAUUUAUUUUUGUAAAUAAUUCAUUAUGAUAUAAGUAAAAUACUUUGGUAUAUGUGCACUUAAAUUUAUUAAAACAUUACAUAUUUGUUAUUGGCGAUUGUAAUAGUUAAUAUUAUAAAUUUAUAAUGCAGUCUCUAACAAUCUUUGUAAGUAGUACAAGAAUAUUAUUUCUGAAAAUUUAACAUAAUAUUAUAUAAUCAAAAAUCCAUCUACAAAACUAAAAUCAUUAAAAUAAACUAUAAAGUACUACUACUCGUCAGCAGUUUGUCUAUCAUUAUAAGAAAUUAAUACUAUUCCAUUACUUUUCUAUCACUAUAAGUAAGCAUGACUAUGAUCAUGUACAAUUCACAGUUUAAUUAGUCUAAGUACUGAGAUAUGAUGUGUGAUCUAAAACAACUUUAUAACAAUGGCACUACCUGUACAAGAACUAAAAUACAUAUUACGAUGUCAGGUUAAUGUUUCUAUAAAUAGAAUAGGGAUUAGUCUCCGCUGUGAUCCAACUCAAUACCACACUACAGAGAACAAUAGUUUUUCUACUACGGCAACUAUUAGGUUUAGACUUGUGUGUGUGACAUCUUGACACUAAAAUUUUGUAACAUACACUUCAUGAUAAUUUACAUCGAAAUUAAUAAAAUACAAAAUGCUCACUGAUUAUAUGUGAUUCCAGUGUCUUUCUUAUUUCUUGUAGUAUUAUUUUUACAAACUUUUACUAUGCAACCCGGUAUUUUAGUUUCAAAGUUUAACAGAACAUGUGGCAUGUCAACAUCACACAUAGUUCAAGGCAUAGUAUUAGUUGCCGUACUUUGCGACUGCGAAUGCGGUAUCUAGUUGGAGCGCAGCGGAGACCAAACCUUAAUCUAAGGUUUGAUAUUAGUAUUGGUGGGGUUUAAGUGAUAUUUAAUUUGAUAUUUUUACAUAAUUUCUUUUGGGUUUCUUUUAGUAUUCACUACAAAUAUUUCAUAAUUAUGUAUAGUCUAAGUAACUCAUAAUUCAAUUAAUAAAAUAAAAAUCAUAGAAUUAA